AACGGGCUGGGGCUGGGAAGGCACCUAGGCAGGCGCGCGGCGGGCAGGCCUGGAGGGGGCGGGUCCGCGCGGGCCUCGGAGCCGCCCGCCCUACCUGAGGAGAGGUCACGGCCUGAAGACGCCGCCGCCACUGCUGCCUCUACUCUUGCGAAGUCUUAGCGCUGGGUUGCAGCCAUGGCCUACUGCCGGCAGGAAGGGAAGGAUCGAAUCAUAUUUGUGACCAAAGAAGACCAUGAAACUCCAAGCAGUGCAGAGCUAGUGGCUGACGACCCCAAUGAUCCAUACGAGGAACAUGGAUUGAUCUUGCCAAAUGGAGACAUUAACUGGAACUGCCCGUGCCUUGGGGGAAUGGCCAGUGGCCCCUGUGGGGAACAGUUCAAGUCAGCCUUUUCCUGCUUCCACUAUAGCACGGAGGAUGUCAAGGGAUCGGACUGGGUAGACCAGUUCCGGGCCAUGCAGGACUGCAUGCAGAAGUACCCAGACCUUUAUCCCCAAGAUGAGGAAGAGGAGGAGGAGGAGGAGAAGAAGCCAGCAGAACGUUUAGAGGAGGUAGCUCCCACUAAGGCUACUGCAACCAAAGAAGAGGAGGGGUCAAGCUAAUGAAGGCCGUGUGGCACUGGGCUUCAGGCCUUCCACCUCAGAGUGAUAUGAACCUUUUGCAAAUGCCUUUCCGUCACUCUCUAAGAAAGUGUCUUUCCCUCUAUUGUUCUGUGCACUGUAAUGUACAAAAUAACUUAUUUUGAUGAUCAGGGGUCUUGGCCUCUUGACAUGUACACUGAAAAAAAUGGGGUUGUUUGUAUGUGUGUCUCACAAAAGCUAUCAGUGAAUGUAGCUGCUGCUUUUGAAUUCUCUUCUCAGAUUACCCUGAAUUUUGCCACUUUGAAAUAAUGUGCUGAAUAUUCUCAGCAACGAAAAAUCUAUCUAGGAGUAUCUCUUGUGUGUGAGCUGAUUUAUUCUGAUUCAUUAUCUCCCUUUUAGGAGAUUUUAGACCUAGUUCAAGAAAUGAGAUAGAAACAAAAACAUCUUCCUUUAAAAAUGCUGGAGUGGAGCCAUUCCUAAUACAAGAGGCCAGGUGAUCAGAUACUUAUUUCUCAAAAACCAUCUUGACCUUGAGUAUAUGAGAAAGCACUAUACUUCAUUUUCUGAUACAUUUUGGUUUCCGUUUUUACAUUGAGCUCCAGGUUUUCUUUUUGAAAAAUGGAGCUUUCGACCCUCUGACUCACUGUCCCUUUCUAAGUGAAGAAAAAGGCUGGUUUUUGUUGUUCUUAUUAUUCCAGAAGCCCUGAUUCAGGGCCUGUGUUCCCAGUGGAUCAGUCUCAGCCUGUUCAGAUGCAAUGUUCUUGAGAGGUGGGGACCUAAUUGUUACCAAAGUAGCAGCCAAGAGAGGAAACUGUGAAUUAAGUGGUCAAAUUAAAAGGAAAACAUGAUUUUUACCUGA